UUCCACGCUUUAUUUUGUUAACACCGGAAGUACUAUGUUUUAUUCCGGCUAGCUUGACACUGGUGUGGAAAAGAUGGCUGCUUCGGCGGCAACGGCGAGUUCGUCCCCCGGUUUGUGUCCAAAUUACGCCGUGAUUUGCUCCUUCCUGGAGCGGUAUGGAGCGUUGUUGGACUUACCGGAGCUCACCUUUCCUCAGCUGGAGCGAUAUCUGCAGGACACAUCCUCAGUUCCAAAGCUGCUGGUUGAUCUUCACGUCAAGUUGCUGAGGAAGAUCGGCAAGUCGGUGUCAGCAGACAGAUGGGAGAAGUAUCUAGUAAAGGUAUGCCAAGAGUGCAACACCACCUGGGCAUGGGAACUCGAACAAAAAGGAUACAAGCAGAUGCCGGUGGAGUGCAAGACGGGGAUACUUAAAUAUUUGUGCGAGUGUCAAUUUGAUGAAAACAUAAAGUUUAAAACUGCCAUCAAUGAGGAGGACCCAGAUAAAAUGCGGCUGCAGCCGAUCGGCCGGGACAAAGACGGUCAGAUGUAUUGGUUUCAACUGGAUCAAGACGACAAUGUGCGCGUUUAUGUGGAGGAACAGGACGACCUGGACGGGUCAUCGUGGAAGUGCAUCGUCAAAGAUAGAAAUGACUUGGCUGAGGUUGUGGCUCUGCUGAAGACACAAAUCGACCCGGCGCUGUUAAAAAAAGAGCAAGAACAGGAAACCAAACCUGACGGUGAAGAAGAUAAAGAGAAAGCAGAAGAAGGUGAAGUUAAAAAGAUCGAGGACACAUCAGAUGAAGACAACAAAGACUCCGACAAGGCUGUCUGUCCAGUUUCACCAAAGACAGAGAAUAAUGAAAAAGUAACACAGAAAGACGACUUGAAAUCAGAAGCUUCUGAGGCCAAAUCAUCACUGAAUGGCGUCACUGAAGACAAAACUGAAACAGAACUCUGUUCAGAAAAGCCUGCUGUGGAUCUCAGUAUCAGUACAAAAGCCCAGAACAUCAAAGAAGAGCCGAUGGAGGUGUCAGACACUAAAACAAGCACAGCAACAAGUGAACCUGCCUCUGAGACUCCAUGUAUAUCAGUAAAGCCAGAAAAGGGAGAGGAGGCCAAGAGGAACAGCGCAGAGGAGAUUCAACAAGCUCUGAAGAAUGACCAACAGGCCAAAAUCCCUUUGAAAAAAAGAGGAAUGAAGUUUAGUGAAGAAAAAGUAAAGAAUAGUGGCAUUAUAGUGCAAAACCCAUCUGUUUCUCAGGUCAAGGAAGCUCCUAAAGCUGACUCAACUCCUGAACAGACAAAGAAAGCUCAGAGUGUAAAUGAUCAUGUUAAUGGCGAGGUUCAGCCUACAUCAGAGAAAGGGCUCCAGACUCAUUUGUGCGAGUCACUAAAAGACGCUGCCGCCGACAAAGAGCAGACGAAUGAACCAGCUGCAGGUAAAUCUGUAGCAGCCAGAGAAAAUGACUCGACAUCCACAGACAAGGAUGACGUGAAAGAUAAGACGGACGAAGCUCGCAGUGUAGAGAAGGUCACAGAGGGAGUCAAAUCACACCAAGCAGACUUGGACAAGAAAAAUCUAGAUAUGCAGGUAGAAAAGGAAAGCACUGCAUCAGAAGAAAAGAAAGAAACACACAAGUCUCGCCCGCCACCAACAGAACCGCCACCUUUACCUAAAGAUGUAAAUAAUGCACUUGAGAAGUCGUCUAAUCAUGAAGAGCAUGAAAAAAUAAAAGAAUCCAAACCAGCAGAUACGAAAGAGUCUUGUACAGUAGACAAGAGGACCACAUUAAAGGAAACUAAUAAAACAUUAACAACUGGUGAGUCAGAGGAAGUCAAAUCCAAAGAAGUUGAAUCAAAAGAUUUUGAGAAAAAUGCAGCAUGUGUAGACAUGGACACGUCAGAGAUGACAGGAAAUGUAACAGACAUGAAGCAAACAGAAAAGAGGGAUGCUAAAGAAAUAGGGACAUGUGAGACUAAUGUAGAGAAAUCAGAUAACUCGGCGCUGAAAGAGAAGCCAGGAGUUGUCAAAAUAACAGAGACACAGUGUGUUGACAAAGAUCCUGCAAAGAAAUCUGUUGACUCUGAAAACGCUGUAUCACCAUCUGUUAUUAAAAAGACAGAAAUACUAAAAGACAGUGAUAAUACAGAGACCCAAGAGGCCACACAAAGUUCUAAGGUCAUUAAAAAGGCAGAGAAACCAUUAAUCAGUGAGAAAUCAGAAGAAACAUCCAACGCUAAAGAGAGUUUGGAGACUUUUGUUGUUAAAAAGCUAGACAAAUCAGAAUCAUGUAAAGGCAGAGAUGAGGCAGAGAAAGCUAGUGCCGCCUCCGAGACUAAUGCUGAAAAGACGGAGAAGACUGAAAAGACGGAGAAGACUGAGAAGACUGAAAAGAUGGAGAAGACUGAAAAGCAUGAAGAUAUAAAGAAAACUGUCAACUGUGAAGACAAAACGAUACAUGAUGUUGGCAGAAUAAGCGACUCUACGCCCGGGCCUAUGGAGGUAGAAGCAGUGGCCGUUAAACACGAUCUGACAAAGCCACAAGAGGAUGACAAAACUGAGAUAAACUCGGUUGCACAAAAGACAACAGAGGAAGCAUCUGAAGGGAAAGAUAAACCAUCCAAUACUGUUAAGAAGACAAACGUCUCUGAAGAAACUGAUAAAAAACCUGAAAGGCCAGACACAGAACAGAAAAAGGUGUCUGAAGAACAGCCUAAAAAUAUCGUGGCAGAGCAUCCGUCAUCAGACAGUAAAAAAGACGCAGACAAGGAAAAUGUAAAGGACACAGACAAUGGAAAACUUAAAAAUGACAGUGAGAAACACCCGCGUCAAGACAAAGAAGGUAAAGAGGAUUCCGCGACAGAUAAACUCUUGAAAACUGAUGAAUCAAAGGAGGAGAAACAUAAAGGUAAAGAGAGUGAAACCUCAGCCAAAAUGGAGGAAUCAACUGAAACGGAGAAAGCGAGCGACCCAAGCAAAAAAACGGACACUGAAAAGCCCACUGAAGAGGAAAGUAAAACCAAAAGUGAAGAAGAGGAGUCUGCAACAAAAAAAGAGGUGGCGAAUGGUGGGGAAGCUCCGUCAGAUGCUCGGGAGGUGGGUGCCCGUCGGAAAAUCAAGCGCCCAGCCCACCGAAGGAAAGCUGAACUUCAGAGAGAGGAGAGACACGGGGAUUCAGAGUCUGAUACGAACACGGGGAGAUCUCUCCGAAGAUCGCCGAGGAUCUCCAGGCCGACACCAAAGGCGGUAGAGAUCCAUGACAGGAAGCUGGAGAAAUCGCAGGCUGCUCCACCGGCCGAGAGGCGCGAGGAAGACAAGAGUGAAAAAGAAAAAGACGAGGAAGAGGAGGACGAGGAGGAAGAGGUGAAGGCUGUUCAAAAGAAACCAAGAGAGAAAAAGGCUGAUCAGGGUGGUCAGCCCAAACCUAAGGGGCGAAAGAGACGGAAGAAUCGGUGGUCCAACACACGAACGCGUCGUAAAAAGAAAGACUCCGAAGAUGAAGACGACAACAGCAACGAGGAGUCCAGUGAAGAGGAGGAGACUGAGGAAGAGGAUGACAGCGACGAAGACUACAAGGUCGAGCGAAGCAGAAAGAGGCGGAAUCGUAACCGCGAAAGGCGAAGCUCGGACUCCUCGACAUCCUCAGACGACGACCUACCUCCAAAUGACGACCCCUGCAAACAUUGUGGUCUUCCAAAUCACCCUGAGCUGAUCUUACUGUGUGAUUCGUGCGACAGCGGGUACCACACCGCCUGUCUGAGGCCUCCCCUCAUGAUCAUCCCCGACGGAGAAUGGUUCUGUCCACCGUGUCAACAUAAGCUUCUCUGUGACAAAUUAGAAGAGCAGCUCCAAAAUCUCGACGCUGCUUUGAAAAAGAAGGAACGGGCUGAGAGAAGGAAAGAGCGUCUAAUUUAUGUUGGAAUCAGUGUUGAAAACAUCAUCGCGCCCUCAGCGGAGGUAGAGGAGGAAAAGCCAGAGAUCAUAAUCAAAGAGAAGAAAGAACCAAAGCGAAGUAAGAGCUGGGGUCGAAGGUCUACGAGGGCGAAGAAAUCCAUCAGCUACAGAUUUGAUGAAUUCGAUGAGGCGAUCGAGGAGGCAAUUGAGGAAGACAUCAAAGAAGCCGAGGGCGGAGGAGCUGGUCGGGGUAAAGACAUGGCCAACAUCACAGGCCACAGAGGAAAGGAUAUGUCCGCCAUCCUCCAAGGAGAGGAGGGCAAGGAGAACGGCCGCCCGCCACGACCCACCACCGGUCAGCGCAGGAAAAAACGCCGGCGACUCAAUGACCUGGACAGUGACAGCACCGUGGACGAGGAGGAAAGUGAAGAAGAGUUUCGCCUCACUGAAAGCUCGGAAGAAGAGUUUGUUGUAUCAGAUAAUGACACGGAGGGUGAAACAGAGGCGGACUCCAACAACAGCGACUUUGGCAGCAACAGCAGUGGUAAGCAUCGCUCUUCUUCGCGGACCAAGAAGCCACCGAAGCGACGACGAAGCUCCAGAAAGCGGCGGAGACCGAGAGGGUACUCGGAUGAUGAAGAAGAGGAGACUGAUGAGGAAGAUGAAGAUGAAAUAGUGACUGAAGGGUCCAGUGAGUUCAGCGACAGUGAUCUGGAUGUGAGUCGACGGCGGUCUCGGCGGAGUCAGAAGAAGCAGGUGAACUACUGUGAGACGUCCGAGUCCGAAGGCUCUCAGGCAGAAACCAACCGGGCCAAAAUGAAAGCCAGACGUCGCCAGGACAGCUCCGACAGCGAGGCGAGUUUCUCCAGAGACUCUGAGGAGGAGUCGAGGGAUCGGAGGGUGAAGAGGAGAGCCGACUCCUCGGAGGAAGAUUCCCGGCAGCGGCGCAGGCGGCUUGCACUAAAACGCAGGAGAGCCUCUGAAGAGGACGACUCGGACGAUGACUCGGACGAAUCAUCGGAGGAGGAUCGUCCCAUCCGUAAACGGGUGAACCGCAUCGACUCAGAUGACUCGGACGACGAGGAACAGGAGGAGAAACUGAAGGAGAAGAAAGCAGCAGAAAAAACAGACGAGGAGUCAAAGGGAACAAACCCAGCGGACUGUAAUCCGGUGGAGCUGCCACCCACCAACGGACAGAGCCCAAUAAAGAGUCUCGGGGGCCUCAUCAGCCGGCCCGCUGCCGCCGCCACUCCAGGCCCCAUCCCACAGCUGGAGCCACCCAAAAACAUCAGUGGCACGCCAGCUGCCGCCAUAGCACCAAACGGUCUGGUUGGCCAGGAGAUGGCAGCACCGGAGGAUGAUGAAGACGACCUGUUAGGAGUCACAGACCUAGUGGACUACGUCUGCAAUAACGAAGACUUGUAAAAACAAAAUGGUGUACUGUUUCAUUUUUUGUGGUAUUGUAUUUUUAUAUUGCUUAACUUUAUUAUUCCCUCCCCCACCAACUCUUCCUCGUCGUCCUUUUUACUUGUGUCAUCUGGAGCUUGAGUCUCAGCAAUCUCUGCUACAGUAAGAACUGGAUCCCCGCCACCAGUCUAAUGCUGUCCCUGUGGGAUUGUACAACAAUAAGGGCACCAAACUAUCAACUCUUAUUUGUUUGGUAUUAAUCAGUUUACCUGCAAACUAACCACAUCAUCCAGCUCCACUGCCAAACCACCUCCUUCCUCUAAAAACGUGUCAGUCAUUUCUCCUGUCACAUCGUCCCGUUUUUUAUUUUGUUACAUCCAACAUUUCUACAAAUUUUAGCUCCUGUACUCGUCUACAUUGAUGGAAAAUUGGCACUGAAAUUAUUUAUUGUGUGGGAAAUAGUUUAAGAUUGCCUAUUUGAAUGCUAAAUGACCGUGAGUAGGGCUGAUAUUAUAACUGCGAUAUAAUUCACAAUAAAUGGGAAUGAUCUUUUUUACAUCACAAUUUUCAUUUUCACUGAAAAAACUUAGGUUUUCUCAUGUUUUCUUACAUCUGGAGAACAAGAUUUGUAGGCCAGGGCAUCUCUGCAGCACUAUGGUACUUCAUUAUAAUGCUGUUUUGUCACACAUUUGACCUUUUAUCUAAAUAUUGCAGUUUCUGCGAUUUGGAUAUUGUAAUUGCCAUAUUGCGAUUAAUUGUGCCACCCGAGAGUAAACUAAGUCAUUCCAUAA